AUGUCUCGCAAUCGCCAGGACGGCCUCGAAUGGGAAGCGAGGGUCAUCGGUCUCGUCCCGCGGUGGUCCAAAGAACCCUCGAUUGAGGCUAUCGAGCACGUUUGCCGCCAGCAACUCGUGAUCCCGCCCGCGGAGUCCUGCACUGUCUCGCUCCGCACUGAAGAUGCGAUGCACAGGCUCUACUCGGUGUCUGGUACCGGCCGGUCGAUGUUGAUGAAGGUCUUACUACCAGUAUAUCCUCACUUCAAGACCCGCGGGGAGGUUGCGACGCUGCAAUGGGUGCGAGGCCAUACCAACAUCCCUGUCCCAACCGUGGUGGCCUUUGACGACAGCAACCACAACCAAAUUGGCUUCGAAUGGAUUCUCAUGGAGAUGAUGCCCGGCAUUCCAGCCCGCCGGCGCUGGCGAACCCUGGCGAUGGAGAGCAAAAUGGCCAUGGUGCAGCGUCUUGCCGAGUUUCAGGCCGAGUUGUCCCGCCGCGGCCAAUCGGACGAUGCGUUCAAGAACAUCGGGACUCUGGAUUUGGAGGCUGAGGGAGCUCUCGCAACCGUCGUCCCUGGCCGGCUGGUCACCGACGAGUUGUACAUGCGCAAUCGCCUCAACUACGACCUUCCCCGAGGGCCCUUUCGCUCGAGUCAUGACUGGUUGCACGCCAACCUGCGCCUCAUCAUCCUAGAGAAGGCGGCGAUCAUCAAGCAGGGGAACCAUGACGAUGCUUCAAGCGAGGCUGGAAGCGAUGCGGAGGAUGCAGAGGAUGCAGAGGAAGUUCAGGAAGCAGCCCAGCGACUCUUGUCCCUCCUUCCCAACAUCUUCCCUCCCACCCAGGAGGACGCCGUAGCGACGGCUCUCUACCACGAUGGCCUGACCUUAAGCAAUAUUCUACUGAGCGAGCAAGGUGAGAUCACGGCUCUUCUUGACUGGGAGGGUGUCUCGGCGAUGCCAACCUGGAUGGCGACCAUACCACCUCGCUUUCUCUCGGGUCAAAUACGGGAGGAUGAGCCGAUCAAGGACGAGUACAUGAAUGAAGAGACGGGCGCGGAAGCUUCGGAUGAACACAGUGACCCGGACAAACUGGACGAUGAGGGCAAAAACGAACUCUACUGGAUCCAUCGGAUGGAGUAUGAGACAACGCAGCUUCGAAAGAGAUAUCGAGUGAGGAUGAGGCAGCUUUGGCCUGACUGGCCCGAGGAGGAGAACUAUAGACAAGUGGACUUUUUCGAGGCAUUCCUACAAUGUAAUGGAGAGGUUUUUAUCAAACAAGUGAAUCAGUGGGUUGAUCGCUUGGAAAAAGGGGAUUCAGUUCGAUGGACGGAUAUGUUUGAGACAGAAUUUGGUGUAUAA